UAUGCUUAAUUGCAGAUAUAGAGUUUCAAUAAAAUUUUUUUUCUUUUCUCUUUUAUCCUUUUUUUGUUUUGUUUUAUAUGCAAGUUCAGCUACUUAUACCAAGCCAGUUUCAAAAGAACCAGAUAGUAGAGACCAACCGAAGUGAAACUAUCUCUGCUUUCCGUAAGCAGGUAGCUAAACUUAUUGGUAUGUCUGAAGACUCUUUUCUGUUGAUCGCGUUUGGAAAAAUUAUGCUCGAUAUUUCUCUAGAUGAGAAACCAGCUACUUUAUACCAUACUUAUCGUGUUAGAGACAGAACCUGUGUAUUUGUUCACUUGAAGCCACCUACACCAAACAAGAAAAAGAUGCCUAUUCACGUCAAAAAAGAAUUAACUGACACUAGACCAACUGAUAUCAUUCAUGAUAUGAACACAGUAUCUACUCCUUUUGGUGAUCCUUUUUGUCCUUCCUGCAAAAACGACAAAAAGAAAAAGAAAUGUAGUGAAUGUGGUUGUGUCAAAUGUUUAUUGAAAACAGGAGAUCCUCUUAUUUGUGAUCAGUGUGAUAGUUAUUGGCAUUAUCAAUGCGCUGACUUAUCAAAGCCUCCUACGGAUCAAUACUGGUAUUGUCCAGAUUGUUAUAAUCAUGAUCGCGAGUUGGUUAUUGGAAAGGGAACAGCCAUCAAGAGUGAUGCUUUUAAAGCACCAGACAAAGUAAGAGAAGCAGAAUGUGUACUAGUACCUACUUAUCAUAUUGGAAAAAUACCCGGUAUAUAUUGCAGUCAAAGCUGGAGCAAUCGUUUACUUGUUGAAGAAUGGGGAAUUCAUAGAGCAAUAAACAAUGUCGUUUGCGGCUCUGUCUCAGCAGGCGCUGUUUCUUUAAUUUUAAACUAUGGCUUUAAAGAAGACAAAGAUAAAGGAUAUGAAUUUGUUUGUUCUGGUGGUGGUGGCAAGCUGAAAAAAGAUAAAUGCAACUCAUUUGCGCAGAUCAAGGGAGAUCAGGAAUUGAUCAAACACAACCUGGCGCUAGCAAAGACGUGUGAUGCACCUGUGAAUCCGAUUUAUGGUGCUCAAGCCAUUCAUUGGAGAAAGAGUCAGCCUAUUCGUGUCUGUCGUACUAGUAAUUUUCGUCGCUCGCAUCCUGAUUUUGCUCCUAAAAAAGGUAUUCGCUAUGAUGGUCUAUAUAAGCUUGUCAAAUAUUGGCCUUAUCGAGAACCAACGACAGGUUUUAUUAUCUGGAAAUUUUUAUUUAGAAGAGAUGAUCAAGAAUAUCCAGCUUGGAUGUCUGCAGGAAAAGCAGUGAUGAGAAGAAAAGGUUUACGCACAAUUCGAGAAUCACCACAAUUGACUGCGAAUUUAGUCAGAUACAGAAUACCCAAACGCAUUCAGAAACUAAUAACAAAGGAUAAGAGAAAUGAACGCAUGUGGAGCCAAAUUCGUAAAAUGGAAUUUUGGUCUGAAUAUGAGUUUCUUCAUUACUUGUUCGAUACUGCUUUAGCAUGUUCUAGCUAUGCCUGCUCAAAGCCAAUUAAGGUAUAGUCAUUACUCUAGGGAUUGUGGGCUAAAAACGACAACAGAAUCCUGUUACUGCACCUUGCGGUCAUAUUUGUUGUUUAGGCUGCUUGAACAAGACGAAGUCAAAUGUAUGCUUUACUUGUCGCGCACCAAUACCACAAAAAGCCAUUGAAGUCAACUAUGAUCUAGUUAAUAUCAUGCAGGCUCUCAAUUGGGCAUAUGAUGGUGCUACUACGACAAGUACUACUGCUAGUGAUAUUGGAUCACAUACAAAAGAAUCAACGAAAAAAGACUCAUACUAUCCAACGAUAAAAAGAGAGCAAAUAUGCUAUUCGUUAUCUGAAUAUGAGUCCAGACCAAAAGCAAAGAAACCAAGGGUUGUUAUUGAGUAUAUGGGCAUGCAAUAAAAUCAAAUAUGUA